CUCAUCCAGGCAACGAUGCGCCUUUCCUCUCCACUAACGCGGGUCGUUCUUGGUCUGCUGCUUUCGCCUAUUGCUGCGCGUGCCGUAUCGGUCAGACGAGCGGCUUCCACGUGUAACGGCUACGCCGAGUUUUGUGACCGGUCUUUUGGCAACAUCACCUUCGUCGGGGCUCACGACUCGUAUUCCGUGUCAAGCACGUCAGCCGCCGCCAAUCAGGACUAUAAUGUGACUCAGCAGUUGAACGACGGCGUCCGAAUGCUCCAGAUGCAGACGCACAACGAGAGUGGGACGAUUGAACUUUGCCACACAUCAUGCGACCUCCUCGACGGCGGCAGCUUGGAGAACUACCUGCAAAGCGUCAAAAGUUGGAUGGACGAUAACACCGAUGAUGUCGUGUCCAUGCUGAUCGUGAACUCGUACGACAACUUCUUGCCGUCCGCAUACGACACUGUGUUCAAGACGGUCGGGCUUGACACGAUGGCAUACUCGCCAUCCAAUGCUACGCUUGCGCGAAGUGAUUGGCCGACGCUGGGAACUCUCAUCGACAACGGCACUCGUUUGGUAGUCUUCCUCACUACAGAGGCCGACUACAGCGAGGUACCCUAUCUGAUUGACGAGUUCACGAACAUCUGGGAAACCGAAUACGACGUCACCAGCACCAGUGACUUUAACUGCGAUGUGAACCGCACCUACGGAGAUACCAGCACCCAGAUGUACCUGAUCAAUCACUUCCUGGAUGAGAGCAUUGCGGGCAUUUUGCUGCCGGACAAGAGUGCGGCUGCCGAUACUAAUGCCGUUAACGGAACUGGAUCCCUCGGCGAGCAAGUAUCGACUUGCUUGUCAGAUUGGGACAGGGCCCCCAACUUCAUGCUCGUAGACUUCUAUGAGUACGGCAAUGGUUCCGUGUUCGAGGUAGCGGCGAGCGCGAAUGGCGUGACGUACACCGCAGCAGCGAUCGCGACGCCUAUCAGCAGUGAUAGCACCAGUACUACUGGCAGCACGUCCAAUGCUGGUCUGGCUGGCUUCCAGAUCAACCGUGGACAUCUGGCUGCAUCGCUCGCUGUAGCCGGUAGCUUCCUGUUUGGCGUUUUCAGUAUCGCGUAAAAGGGAGAGCCCCCAUCACAUUACUAUCCACACCACACCUACAUUUACUGCUCCAUUAUCGGACCACCUUGCUUUCGCAUGCAUCUGGACACUCGUUGUAGCUGCCCCUGCUUUACGAUUAACGCUUAGUUUCUCCUAAUUCAAAGCUUGUGACAUGGA